CCUGCAGUCCCUGACAUCUUAAUGCACUCAAGGACUGUUCCUCAUGGUCACCAGGCUGUCGUUUCAGUGAUGUUGUAAAUGUUUAUGGUCGUGUAAAUGUAAAUGGACGUGAACAGGCUGCUUCUUUUUCUCCACCUGCAGAUUGACAGACAGCUCCUUGUUGUGCAUGGGUAAGCAUUUUUUUCUGAGAGUAACUCCCAUUACAAACAACUGAAGGUGUUUCAUCCCAAACGCUCUCUACGGUGAUGCUGUGCGCAGCUGCGUGACACGGUGGAGUCACUCAGUGGAGUAUUCAACCCACCACCCCAUCACCCAUGUUAAAUUCAAAUGUUAAUGUGUCAGCGUUGGAGCUCUGCAGUUGGAGACACCAUCACACUGAGUCAUGGAGAAGUUUGUGCUUGUAUUCAUCUUCCUGCUGGAUGUUCUGGUGUGUUUGGGUACCGGUCAGCACCAUUUACGUGCACGCGUGGGACCAUGGAGACAGCGGAUUCAGUGGGAGAAUAACGGCCAGGUGUACAGUUUACUGAGCACGGGGACUCAGUAUCGCUCACCUGCGGAGGUCAGAAGACGCACUCAGCUCUUACUGACGGCGAAAAACAGUUUUAAUCGACCUCACCCUCCCGCUGAGCUCAGUAGAUCCUCCAGAACCAGAUCCGGACACCUCCAGAACGCAGCUGGGGCUCAUUCUCAGCAAAACGAAGUCAGUCAAGUGGAUGCGUCUGUUCUUGGUGCUGAUGCAGGUCAGUUUUUACUCGCCUCGGGACGACCCGGGACACACCGCCAGUCCCCACCGCGCCAUGCAACCUUCAGACAGGCUGUGGCUGUGGGACACCGUUCGCUGCAGGCACCGGUUAACGGCAGCGCGGCGGCUUUCACCACAGUCCAGGAGUUCUCCGGCAGCGGAGUCGCACGAGGAGGCCGGAGCACACCUGGAGAUGAAGCUGGAGCACCACAGGCCACUGCGCCCCCGGUAGGAUCACCGGGCUUGACGCACAGCCGAGGCGGCAGGAUAAUAUCUGAGAGUUCACAAUCAACUUCCCGGUCACCUGCCACAGCUGGAUGGGUCCCCAUGGCCGAGGAUAGUGGGACCCCGCAGCAAACCAAUCCAGGACACGCUCGCAGCGCGCAAAGAGUGCGCUCACAGACACCGGAGGCGAAUGUUUCACCUACAGCUUUUUCCACUAACGCCGUAGAGGGGAACUUUCCCCGUUCGAGGCCGGACACAACACGUACUGUGGACACGAGUGAUCCACGGGACCCGCACAGUAUUCAUCACAGGAAUUCGGUUUUCUACAAUGUUUACCCACCGGACCGCAGAAACAGGAUCAGUGCGCGCCCUCCGCCCGGUCCGGGCUAUGGCACCAGGCUCUUCCACAAUGGUCUCCCAGACUUGGUUCCUGACCCUUACUACAUCCAAGCUGCCUCUUACGUCCAGAGGGUGCAGAUGUACGCACUUCGCUGUGCUGCCGAAGAGAACUGUCUUUCCAGGUCUGCGUAUCACCCGAGCGUGAGGGACCUGGACUACAGAGUCCUGCUGAGAUUCCCACAGCGAGUGAAGAACCAAGGGACAACAGACUUUCUCCCUGUGAAGCCCAGACAUGAGUGGGAAUGGCACAGCUGUCAUCAGCAUUACCACAGCAUGGAGGCCUUCAGCAACUACGACUUGCUGGACGUCUCAACUGGACAAAAGGUCGCUGAGGGACACAAGGCCAGUUUUUGUCUGGAGGACACAUCCUGCGACCCGGGAAUAAGACGACGCUUCGCCUGCACUGUUCACACACAGGGGCUCAGUCCUGGUUGCUAUGACACGUACCACGCCAACAUCGACUGCCAGUGGAUCGACAUCACCGACGUACCCCCUGGGAACUACAUACUGAAGGUGACGGUCAACCCCUAUCAGCUGGUUCAGGAGUCAGAUUUCUCCAACAACGAGGUGCUCUGCGACAUCAGGUACACAGGAAGCUACGUCCAGGCAAGAAACUGCAGGAUCACCGUAAGCUGACCUGAGUCCAGGAUUUCCUGCAGAUAUACCAGAUACCUUCUGGUUGCUGUUAACCCACAGUUGCUCUGUUGUGCAGCUGUUUUAUAUUCAAAUGUUUGCAACUAUAUAAAUUCAUCUGUUUGUAUUUAUGUCGUACAAAAUCUUGUAGCUACAGACAGCCUGGCUGCAGUAGAUGUUAAAUUAUAUUGUCUUUUUUUUGCAAUGUAAGACUGUACAGUUAGCUGUAUGAGUGCAGAAAGCUUCAGGAAAGUGCGUUAGCAUGAAACACGAAGAACACAGCUCAUUCAUUCGGCACAACUGAAUUGGUGCUUAUUUUGAAGAAAAUAUUGGUGUUCUUCUCCCCUGAAAUUUCUGAUCGUUUUGUCUUGGCAGAGAAACGAUGUGUGAUACUGACCACAUGUUUUGGAGUGAAGUUUUUAUGAGUGCUGUUAAAGUAUGAAUAACAAAUGCUCUCAUUCGUGCAUUUCAAGCAGUGUGGUGUGUAUGAUUUUGUGUAUAUUACCCGAGUACAAAUGUUUAGUCUGUUUGUUUACAAUGCAAAUGAAAGGGAUGAUUGUUCGAAAGCUGUUCUGGAUUUUCAUUAUGUUUUAUAAUAAAGAGUACUUGUUU